AUGUGGAGAUGUACCCUAGUACAUGAGUCUUUUAUGCUGUUCAUAGCCAUUAUGACAAUAGUAGAUCUAUCUAAAACCCUGAUAUCGUUGAUGGUGGAGGCUCAGCAGAGAUGUGGCACAAGUGAUGUUAUCACAGGGGAGACAGUCAAAGGUUGGGUGGAACUGUACCAGGAGCUGGUAAACUGCUGUGACAAGGUGGCUGUGUGCUUUGGAUGUCAGUACAUCUUUUCACUUACGUGUACUAUAGUGCAUUAUGUUAACGUGGUUUAUAAUUUCAUUUACUUUAACGUUUUUAAGACGCUGGAAUUUGACGACAAUUUCAAACUAUGGUUUCUGAUGAUUGGAUACGUGAUGAUAAUGUCAUUACCCAUAGUGGCGACACAAAUGGCCAGUAACCAGUGGGUGAGGUGUCAGAGAGUGAUUGCUCGACUGCACAACAAUAUGAUCGAUGAUGUUAAUACAGCAGAAAGGAAGAUGAUAAAGGACUUUAUCCGUGUGAUCAAGAAGCACCCGCUGCAAAUCAGGUUUAUGUCCAAGGUGCCAGUUGGGAUCUUCUUGCUGCCCGCCAUACUCACUGCGGUAGUCAACCAUGUUAUUAUACUGUUGCAGUUCAAUCAUGUUGUAUAG